AUGGAAGCAAAGUAUGAGAUCGUGGAGGCAGAACGAGAUGACGAGGAUGAGCCGGACGACAUGGCCUCUGACGACAAGGAAGAAGCUGCGGACCUCGACUUUGAGUCUAUCAGUGCCUUCAUAUUAAACAGUUCGUCCUUCGCAAAUUUGGCGCGGAAUCUGUCCGAUUUCGUAGAUCCUUCAUUUCGCUCACAGGGUUCGAAGCUCGUCGCUAGGGUUCUGGAGGGGAAAGACACGGACGAUCGGUACUGGAGCAACAUGAGAUUAAGAAUGAUGACAACACUUACUGAACUGGAGGAAUCACGCCCCCAAAGCAUCUUUCUCGAUGUGGAGGGCACACAAGGCAUCAUGGAUAAGGUUCAAAUAUGGUUGGAAUCGACCACCGGAGAGACGUGGAAUUGGUGGCCGUUACGUCCGCCAAAGUAUACUUCCAGUCUUUCAGAAGCAAGACUUGGAUGGCGCUGUAGAUGUGGAAAAGACAGGUGGGAGGUGUUGCCAGCAGAGUUUGCCGGCGGCAUCGGGUGGCUGCUACGAAAGUAUCCUUUCUACAACGGGGGGUAUGGAACGGAUGUCUCAAAGACAAGCACGACGACGUUCGAAAAGUUCUGUCGAAACGGCUUCGCUCACCGGGGCCUUGAGGUACCGACGACGGCGCAAAAGGACUACUACUACACUCCUCGGCCAGCACUCCGUGAACCACCGGUGUCCCCAGAAGAAUUCAGCCACAUCUAUCAAUUCACCACCAAAAGUGGUUCCGUAGGCUCGUCAUGGACUCUCCCGUUCUACUCCUGCGUUGAGUCGCUGAGUGCCGACACCGUGGGGUGCAUACCCCAGCGAUACUACUACCUCGACGAGAAAAGCAACCGGAAAGAAGACUUUUGGGGUCUCUACAUCCAAGAACGCCGCUCAGCACUGAUGACAUCUUUUUGCAUCGUCUUGUGCCUGUCACCUUUUAUCAUCUUCUGCAUUCUUUAUCUCCUUGGGAUAAUCCAGGGAGAUGUACAGAAUGCGACUACGCCAUUGGCACUGACUCUCACUUUGCUGGGCCUCUUUCUAGGGUCAAUGAUCAAGGGGUAG